AUGCUGUUCGGCAAGUUCAUCGAUCAGGUACUAGAGUGGAAGAAAGCAGGAGUGCCACGCGCCAAGGAGCUCUAUCAACGUCUCUGGGGCGCUCUCUCCAAGUACAACAAGUCCAAAGAGUAUGUCAACAUCAAGGCAGAGAAGAAUGUUGUCAUCGACAAGGCGCUCGGUAUUACUGACGUAUACUUCAAGGCCAGUCUCCCAGAGAAUCACUCGAUCGAUGCGAUGAACAUCACUCACAAUGGCAACGUCAUGGUCAAGUCAAUCAACAACCUCGACACGUUCGACACGCCAUUCGCUCGCAUCAUGCCAUUCAUCAUCUCUCGUGGUCGCAAGAUGAUUGGAACGAUAAUAAAGGAUGACAUUGCCAACAUCAAACGUGUGCACACCGAUGGAUUCGUCUCGACCAAGCCCUGGACUGUCAAGGUUGGACCAGGUGACUGGUCGUCUCAUCAUUUAUUGUAG